AUGUUGAAAGAGAGGGAAGAGGUAGAGAAGCUGAGGAACAUGACGGAGCAGGAGAGGAGAGAGUGGGAGAGGAAGAAUCCUAAACCUUCGUUGACUCAACCGAAGAAGAAAUGGAAUUUCAUGCAGAAGUAUUAUCAUAAGGGUGCUUUCUUCCAAGCGGAUCCUGAUGAUGAGGCGGGAUCUGUGGGGACUGAUGGUAUAUUUCAACGUGACUUCUCUGAACCAACGGGUGAAGAUAGGUUGGAUAAAUCGAUUUUGCCUAAAGUUAUGCAAGUCAAGCACUUUGGUCGUAGUGGGAGAACUAAAUGGACUCACCUUGUUAAUGAGGAUACAACAGAUUGGAGUAAUCCAAAGUUUGAUGAAGCUAUAGAUUAUCUCACUAAAGCCAUCAUGUUAAACCCCACUUCUGCAAUUCUCUAUGCUACUAGAGGAAGACGCAGACAUCGAACUUUCGUUGUACUUGUGUUUUUCCUUGAUUCUCUGGCUAUGCCUGCCUCGAAGAAGGUUUGCGACAGGAACCCCAUAGCACAAGUGUUCGACAAGUUGUUGAAUGACAUUGGAAGGGCAGAGGAGGUUUCCGACAAGAACCCCAUAGGACAAGUUUUCAACAAGUUGUCGAAGGACAUUGGAAGGGCAGAGGAGUUUUCGUUGCCGGAUUGGUCGAACCAAGGGAAAUCAACUCCUUACACCUACAUCAAGCGCAUUGUGUGUGGGAGUGAUUGUGAUUGUGGGAUGUUAUUCUCAAGCUGUUCAUCCAGUUGCAAUUGUGGGAGUGAUUGUUACAAUAAGCCGUUCCAACAACGGCGUGUGAAGAAGUUGAAGUUAACUCUGACAGAAAAAUGUGGAUCAGGGAUUGUAGCAGACGAAUACAUCCAAGAAGGAGAGUUUAUCACUGAAUAUGUAGGAGAAGUCAUAGAUGAUGUGACUUGUGAAGAAAGGCUAUGGGAGAUGAAACGCCGCGGAGAAACGAAUUUCUAUCUGUGUGAGAUAAGCAAAAAUAUGGUGAUUGACGGCACUAAUAAGGGAAAUAAAUCGAGAUAUAUCAAUCAUAGCUGCAACCCUAAUACGCAGAUACAGAAAUGGAUAAUUGAGGGUGAGACAAGAAUCGGCAUUUUUGCCAUCUCUGACAUAAACAAAGGAGAGCAUAUAACUUACGACUAUCAGUUUGUUCAGUUUGGUCCAGAUCAAGAAUGCCAUUGUGGAGCGAUAGGUUGCAGAAAGAAACUUGGGGUGAAACCAAAAAAACCUGAAUUAGUCUCGGAUGAAGAAACUCCUAACUUCGUGAUAUCUGAAUUGGCUCAGACACUGCCCCAGGUUCAUCAUAAUGAAGAUAUACAUGAAGAAGGAACAUUAAUUAGGAACAAGCUUAGUGAAGAGCAAACAUGUCCUCGUAAUUGCAUUGGUGUAGUGAUCAGGUUAUCUCGUCCCACCAGCAUUAGGUGUUUUGGCCUCAUUAGACGUUUUGAUGAGGUUACAAGAAAGCACUCGGUGAUGUUUGAGGAUGGUGUUACUGAGUUUAUCGACUUGUCGAAAGAAGAAGACUGGGAUAUUUUAUCUGACUAA